CGAUUUGUUUGCUACUAGCUCAGGUCACACAGAAGAAAAUUGCAUAGGAACAAAAGUAGUUGUCUUGUAGCAUCUAGACAAAUCGUUUAACGCAAAAAUGUUCGGGGCCUUCCCGGGAUUGCCCGGGUUCCCAGGUCAAACUUUCGAAGCAAUGUAUAGAGCAAUGCCUGUGGCGUUUAUCGAUAAACAAUCGGCUGAACACGGCGACAAGAUCAUAAUGCCGCCCUCAGCUUUGGAACGGCUAGCUUCGCUGCAUAUUGAGUACCCGAUGCUGUUUAAGGUGGAGGGCCUGCAGUCCAAGCGACAUACGCAUUGCGGUGUUUUGGAGUUCAUCGCCGAGGAGGGUGUUGUUUACAUGCCGCACUGGAUGAUGCAAAACCUUUUGUUACAAGUAGGGGAUACGAUUCGCGUGCGCAGCGCUUCCCUACCAAAGGGCACAUACGUGAAGUUGCAGCCCGUGACGUCGGACUUCCUAGACAUCACCAAUCCAAAGGCAGUCUUGGAGCGGACCUUGAGAAGCUACAGCUGCCUCACAGUGGGCGACUGUUUUGUAGUAAACUACAACAACAAAAACUAUGAGAUAGAGGUGAAGGACGCAAAACCUGGGCCGGCGAUCUCUGUCAUUGAAACAGACUGUCAAGUGGACUUUGAGGCACCGAAGGAUUACAAGGAGCCUGAGCGCGUCCCCCCGAAGGCUCCGGAACCAGCCCCGUCAGCAGCGCCAGUGGCUGCUGAUGGGAAGGCCGGAGGGACCGCAACAGGGCCGGCGCCAGCUCCCGAGCCCGAAGAGCCCAAGUUCCUGGCGUUUGCUGGCACUGGACGACGGUUAGACGGCAAGGCGGCAGGGCCCACCAAUCCUGUCCCCGUGCCGCUGCGCAUGCCGUCCAACACCACCCUCAGCGCGGGCACCAGUCCGAAAACGGGGAGUGGCCCCAGCGGCUCAGGUGCCGGGCCGUCGGGAUCCGCUGCGCCAAGCGGCAGCGGUGGCGUGCAAAAGGCGGGGACGUUUGUGAACUUUGGGCCAACUGGCAACCGGCUGGAGGCGAAGCUGGCGGCAAAACAGGGGGGUGGAGGGACGGCGAAGCCUCCUCCGCCACCGCCACAACCAACGGAGGAGAAGAAGGAUGACUCCAGUAGCAACUUCAAGGCGUUUUCAGGGAAAGGCUACAGCCUUAAGGGGUAGCAGUAGCAGUAGCAAUCGCAGUAGCGGAACUAAGAGCCGUAGUAGUCGAAGUAGUCUGUUCGGCUGGGGCGUUGGUGAAUGGCCACAGCCGCGCUUUGCGGGAGUGGGUAGCGUCAGGUGGGUGCGUGAUAUGGUUGGGCGAGUGAAUGAGCGAGGGCUUUCCGAGGACGGGCUCGACUUCCUUGCUGGUGCGCCUGCGAUUCCCUCUCGCAUCUCAGGCCCCGCCGCAUGACGCGCACUUUAUCAUUGAGCCGCCUGCUCCCCUCCAGGGGGUGUGUUUCGCGGCGUGCGCUGCGGCCGAAGGAAGCGAGGUGCCUCGAGGCGAGAGAGAGAGACAGACAGAGAGUGCGGAGAGUUUUGUCCGGUCCUUUUGUUGCUGCUGCCUGUGACUGGACCGCCAAUGGAGGGGCACGUUACGGACAUGGACAUACUUCCUGGGACAUGUAAACCUGUUGCCAAUUGGCACUACUACAUGCCCGGAAUGUUCUGGAUCCUGCAUCUGAUGCAAGACGCGAUGGCGGGUUUUGCCCGGCAGGGAGUUUUGGUGAGGGGGGGAUGAGGCGACGCAGACGGGGCCCUAUGCGUAGUAGCAGCAUGUACCGCUUUGCUUUGACACCGUCCCCAAAGCAGGCUAAAGCUUGCAGGUGCGUGGUCAUAGCUUGGCAGGGGGCCGCAACCGUACGGCGGUCGUGUACGACCGUCUUGGGACGAACGCCACGGCAACGGCAACGGCAAACGCAACGCUUGUAUGCGUGGGUACCGCUGUGCAAAUGGGGUAGUGGCGGCACGCUUGAGACAGGUAAUGCUGCCGCGGUGGCGGUGGCGGCGGCGGCGGCAGUGCUGAGGCGAAUUUUGAUACCGCGGCGGAGCGGUCCAAGAAGGCAGGAAGGCCUCGCUGCUUGAUUGGUAAGGACAGCUUCUUCCUCCUCGUACAGGCUAGAACCAUAGCACCAUGGUGGUCGCAGGAGGGCGUGAGUAAAGCAACUUCUUUAGGAUAUGAAACAACCAUGCGUG